AUGGAUCAGUUCAAGAAAGUGGUGAAACUAAUGUACAGAGCCUUGAAGAAGUCAUUGAAAAGCAAUGACCUCCACAUGUCGCUGUGGCGGCGACUUGCUUACUUGCAGGCCAAGUGGUUUGGCUCCUACAAAAGAACCAUUAAUGAAAUUCCAGGCCAUAAGGCAUCCAAUGCCAAUGAGGGUAUAUCUUGGAAGAGAUCAAUUGGGUUCGUUCUGGUGCCGACAAUUUCAUACAGAUGCAAGGAGGAUUUUGGUAGUAAGGUCUGUGAGAGAGUAGAAAACUUGGCUUCGUUAAACUGGCCAUGCAAUUCAAUGCUGCCUUAG